AUGGAGCAUGGCCCCGCCCACAAGAUGUACAUGGUCCCGCCCACAAGAUUAGCAUGGCCCCCGCCCAGAAGAUCAGCACGACCCCGCCCACAAGAUCAGUAUGGCCCCGCCCACAAGAUCACAUGGCCCCGCCCACAAGAUAUCCAUGGCCCGCCCACAAGAUCAGCAUGUCUGUCGUCCUACAGUCUGUCGUCCUACAGUCUGUCGUCCUACAGUCUGUCGUUCAACAGUCUGUCGUCCUACAGUCUGCCGUCCAGUGGUCUGUCGUCCUACAGUCUGUCGUCCUACAGUCAGUCGUCCUACAGUCUGUCGUCCAGCGGUCAGUCGUCCAGCGGUCUGUCGUCCUACAGUCAGUCGUCCUACAGUCAGUCGUCCUACAGUCAGUCGUCCUACAGUCAGUCGUCCUACAGUCAGUCGUCCUACAGUCAGUCGUCCUACAGUCAGUCGUCCUACAGUCAGUCGUCCUACAGUCAGUCGUCCUACAGUCAGUCGUCCUACAGUCAGUCGUCCUACAGUCAGUCGUCCUACAGUCUGUCGUCCAGCGGUCUGUCGUCCAGCGGUCUGUCGUCCUACAGUCUGUCGUCCUACAGUCAGUCGUCCAGCGGUCAGUCGUCCAGCGGUCUGUCGUCCUACAGUCUGUCGUCCUACAGUCAGUCGUCCUACAGUCAGUCGUCCUACAGUCUGUCGUCCAGCGGUCAGUCGUCCAGCGGUCUGUCGUCCUACAGUCAGUCGUCCUACAGUCAGUCGUCCUACAGUCAGUCGUCCUACAGUCUGUCGUCCAGCGGUCAGUCGUCCAGCGGUCUGUCGUCCUACAGUCAGUCGUCCUACAGUCAGUCGUCCUACAGUCAGUCGUCCUACAGUCAGUCGUCCUACAGUCAGUCGUCCUACAGUCAGUCGUCCUACAGUCAGUCGUCCUACAGUCAGUCGUCCUACAGUCAGUCGUCCUACAGUCAGUCGUCCUACAGUCUGUCGUCCAGCGGUCUGUCGUCCAGCGGUCUGUCGUCCUACAGUCUGUCGUCCUACAGUCAGUCGUCCAGCGGUCAGUCGUCCAGCGGUCUGUCGUCCUACAGUCUGUCGUCCUACAGUCAGUCGUCCAGCGGUCAGUCGUCCAGCGGUCAGUCGUCCUACAGUCAGUCGUCCAGCGGUCAGUCGUCCAGCGGUCAGUCGUUUGUUUGA